AGUUCCCGAAAGUCUGAGCUCGGAAUUUCUCCUGCGCUCAUGUCAAAUCUUGGUAGAGCAGUAUGUCUGGCUGUGCCGAGCGCACGGAAAAGGACAGGGAAGAAAGCAAAUCUUAUUUGUGGCAUUCAUGCCUCCCACUGCCAUCGAAAUAAAAGCCCGGUUAGAUAAAGCAGUAGACCAAGAAGGAAAUGUACUAGAUAUGCGGGCUGUUCUGGAGAUAGUAACAUACCUUGAGAAAACAGUUAUGACAAAGGAGGCUUUAGAGACUACUCGUAUUGGAAGAACUAUCAAUUUGAUGCGUAAAAAGACAAAGAAUGAGGAUUUAUCAAAGCGUGCAAAAAAAUUGGUAAAAAAAUGGCAAGCACUAGUCAGUAACCAUUUGAAAAAAAGUUUAAAAUCAGAUUCACCGUUAAACUUUCCCGUGCAAACACCUCUGAACGGAUAUGUUAAAAAGCCUAAUGAGCAAGAAAGGCCUAGUUCAAGAGGAUCCAAUAUCAUCAAAUCUGGUACAUCUACACCAGAUAAGCCUGUCUUGAAACGUAAACGCGUACCAACUGAACAUUCUCCACUAAACUUUAAGAAUAUUUCUCUGAAACCUGUAUCUCCAAGAUGUCAGGGUAGCACAAAUAAUAAAAAGCCAAAGCUGGAAAAAAUAGAUGGUGGUUUAAAACCAAAUAAUAAGAAUAAAUUAAACAAAAGUGAGAGUAACUUACCUGAUACUGAAACUGCAUUACGAAAUGUUUCUGCAGCAUUACCAGAACAUGCUAGCAAUUUAAACUUACAUAAUGAACGAUUACAACCCAACGUCACACAGAGCCCUCCCAAACAAGAUACACAUUUAUCAAGUAAAAAUAAUCGUCAAGACAGUCCAGUCAAAAACGGCCAUCCAGUGUCAGCAAAUUUUAUUGCUACAAAACCAACAGAUACGCGAAUACAGGAGGACAGGAUAAAAGAGCUCCACAGUACCGAGAACUCUCCAAGUACUGAUAGUGGUGUCUCUAGUAGUUCUAAUAUAAAUCCAAAUGAAACUUUACACAAUGACAUUCAAGGAAAACAUUUUGAACCGAUCGAAGAAGAAGAACUUGUGGUGAAAAGAAAAGAAAUACCUACAGAUUAUAUCUCGCCAAGUGUUGAGGCAGAUGGUUUAAAUGGGGUUUAUAAUUCUACAGAAGUUUAUGUUCCGUGGACUGAAAUUUUAUUGCAAAGAGAUAAUGAAUUACAGUUGUUACCGUAUGUGAUACUAGAUUAGGUCCUUCUCAGUUUUCUCUUACAGACUAGGAUAAGUGUUUGUUCUGUUUUAUAAACUUUAUAUGAUUAUCAAGGUUUUAGUCUGUUCUGGAUUUGACAAAAUACUCGACAUAGAAAUAAGGUUUUAAUUGGCUGGCAAAGCCUACUGCAUAUAAUGACAGAAUAGACUCAUUAUAAUUAUCAGUUGUUUGUAAAUGUUUUUUGUUUACUUUAGUUGUUGUUGCUGUUGUUUUUUGUUUUGUGUUUGUUUUCAACGUGUCUGUUAUGUCCAAUACUUCAUAUAUUUUUCAGUUUUCAAAAACUGUACAUGAAUACGACCUAUAGUUGCUAUCGUGAAAAACGUGAACCUUGGUGUUUAUCUUUAUUGUGUGUGAGAGUUUACAAUGUAAGAUAAGGAGACAAAAAAAGAAAUAUUUCUAUAACUAA